CAUUUCCAAAAUAUUUUCCAAGUGUUAUUUUUUAACUUACAAAUUUAAUUUGAUAAACAUUACAACUAUAAUAUUGUUGAUGAAACUUAGUUAUUAAGUUCUAAGAAUAUUUAAGUUGAGAAAUUGUUAUCUGGGUUCCACUUAUUUGUCUAAAACUACAAAAAUAUGGUACAGUUUUAACCCACUAAGUUAUUAAUUCUAUGCUGGCCAAUAACAGGAAAAAGAUCAACAUAGUAACCUUGCAAGGCUGGAAAUAAAUGAAAAUAACAACUCACUUUGUUGAACGUGCGGCUAAUAUGUGCAACAAUUAUUCUUGUAUCAUAGACAUUGAAGAGUAUAAUAUUCCAGAAAAAAAUAAAUUUUCAAGAAAAAUGCUUUAUAUUAUUGUAUUCGUAACCUUAAUCACACUUUGCUUGACAUUCAAAGUUAUAGGGAAGCCGACUUCAGGACCCAAUAACGAACUAUGGGACGAAAUCAAACAGAUAAAUUUGGAAAUAGCAUUAAUUAAACAUAAAAUAGAGGACAUUGAAAAUAGUGAAUUGUCAUCAAACGUCAUAACAUCACGUGAUGUUAAUGGUUGGCUGGCAGUAAAAGAGGGUUAUUCAACGGUAUACUCAGCACUAGAGAAUUAUUUUGGGAAGGGCAAGUCAAAUCCUAAUUCAAUUCAAGCUAGUGGUUCUAACUGGACGGAUGUAACAGUCCACCAGGAACAUAAUAUUAAUAAGACUGUGCGAGAAAUACAUCAUAUAUAUAAUAGCACGGUCACAAUACACAAUACAUUAUUACAAUAA